CACCCCGCCCCAUUCUCCCUCUUUCCAUAACCCCACCCCAUUCUCCCGCUUUCCAUCACCCCGCCCCAUUCUCCCGCUUUCCAUCACUCCGCCCGAUUCUCCCACAUUCCAUCGCCCCGCCCCAUUCUCCCGCUUUCCAGCACCCCGCCCCAUUCUCCCGCCCGAUUCUCCCGCUUUCAAUCACCCCGCCCUAUUCUCCCGCUUUCCAUCGCUCCGCCCCAUUCUCCCGCUUUCCAUCACCCCGCCCCAUUCUCCCUCUUUCCAUCACCCCGCCCUAUUCUCCCGCUUUCCAUCACCCGCCCCAUUCUCCCGCUUUCCAUCACCCCGCCAUAUUCUCCCGCUUUCCAUCACCCCGCCCAAUCCUCCCUCUUUCCAUCACCCCGCCCCAUUCUCCCUCUUUCCAUCACCCCGCCCUAUUCUCCCCCUUUCCGUCACCCCGCCCCAUUCUCCCUCUUUCCAGCACCCCGCCCGAUUCUCCCGCUUUCAAUCACCCCGCCCUAUUCUCCCGCUUUCCAUCGCUCCGCCCCAUUCUCCCGCUUUCCAUCACCCCGCCCCAUUCUCCCUCUUUCCAUCACCCCACCCUAUUCUCCCGCUUUCCAUCACCCGCCCCAUUCUCCCGCUUUCCAUCACCCCGCCAUAUUCUCCCGCUUUCCAUCACCCCGCCCAAUUCUCCCUCUUUCCAUCACCCCGCCCCAUUCUCCCUCUUUCCAUCACCCCGCCCCAUUCUCCCCCUUUCCGUCACCCCGCCCCAUUCUCCCUCUUUCCAGCACCCUGCCCGAUUCUCCCGCUUUCAAUCACCCCGCCCUAUUCUCCCGCUUUCCAUCGCUCCGCCCCAUUCUCCCGCUUUCCAUCACCCCGCCCCAUUCUCCCUCUUUCCAUCACCCCGCCCUAUUCUCCCGCUUUUCAUCACCCGCCCCAUUCUCCCGCUUUCCAUCACCCCGCCAUAUUCUCCCGCUUUCCAUCACCCCGCCCAAUUCUCCCUCUUUCCAUCACCCCGCCCCAUUCUCCCUCUUUCCAUCACCCCGCCCCAUUCUCCCCCUUUCCGUCACCCCGCCCCAUUCUCCCUCUUUCCAGCACCCCGCCCCAUUCUCCCGCUUUCCAUCACCCCGCCCCAUUCUCCCGCUUUCCAUCAUCCCGCCCAAUUCUCCCGCUUUCCAUCACCCCGCCCAAUUCUCCCGCUUUCCAUCACUCCGCCCCAUUCUCCUGUUUUCCAUCACCCAGCCCCAUUCUCCUGCUUCCCAGCACCCCGCCCCAUUCUCCCGCUUUCCAUCACCCCGCCCGAUUCUCCCGCUUUCCAUCACUACGCCCCAUUCUCCCGCUUUCCAUCACCCCGCCCCAUUCUCCCUCUUUCCAUCACCCCGCCCCAUUCUCCCGCUUUCCAUCACCCGCCCCAUUCUCCCGCUUUCCAUCACCCCGCCCCAUUCUCCCGCUUUCCAUCACCCCGCCCCAUUCUCCCUCUUUCCAUCACCCCGCCCCAUUCUCCCUCUUUCCAUCACCCCACCUCAUUCUCCCUCUAUCCGUAACCCCGCCCCAUUCUCCCGCUCUCCAUCACCCCGCCCCAUUCUCCCGCUUUCCAUCACUCCACCCGAUUCUCCCGCUUUCCAUCGCCCCGCCCCAUUCUCCCGCUUUCCAUCGCUCCGCCCCAUUCUCCCGCUUUCCAUCACCCCGCCCCAUUCUCCCUCUUUCCAUCACCCCGCCCUAUUCUCCCGCUUUUCAUCACCCGCCCCAUUCUCCCGCUUUCCAUCACCCCGCCAUAUUCUCCCGCUUUCCAUCACCCCGCCCAAUUCUCCCUCUUUCCAUCACCCCGCCCCAUUCUCCCUCUUUCCAUCACCCCGCCCCAUUCUCCCCCUUUCCGUCACCCCGCCCCAUUCUCCCUCUUUCCAGCACCCCGCCCCAUUCUCCCGCUUUCCAUCACCCCGCCCCAUUCUCCCGCUUUCCAUCACCCCGCCCAAUUCUCCCGCUUUCCAUCACCCCGCCCAAUUCUCCCGCUUUCCAUCACUCCGCCCCAUUCUCCUGUUUUCCAUCACCCAGCCCCAUUCUCCUGCUUCCCAGCACCCCGCCCCAUUCUCCCGCUUUCCAUCACCCCGCCCGAUUCUCCCGCUUUCCAUCACUACGCCCCAUUCUCCCGCUUUCCAUCACCCCGCCCCAUUCUCCCUCUUUCCAUCACCCCGCCCCAUUCUCCCGCUUUCCAUCACCCGCCCCAUUCUCCCGCUUUCCAUCACCCCGCCCCAUUCUCCCGCUUUCCAUCACCCCGCCCCAUUCUCCCUCUUUCCAUCACCCCGCCCCAUUCUCCCUCUUUCCAUCACCCCACCUCAUUCUCCCUCUAUCCGUAACCCCGCCCCAUUCUCCCGCUCUCCAUCACCCCGCCCCAUUCUCCCGCUUUCCAUCACUCCGCCCCAUUCUCCCGCUUUCCAUCACCCCGCCCCAUUCUCCCGCUUUCCAGCACCCCGCCUCAUUCUCCCGCUUUCCAUCACCCCGCCCGAUUCUCCCGCUUUCCAUCACCCUGCCUCAUUCUCCCGCUUUCCAUCACCACGCCCCAUUCUCCCGCUUUCCAGCACCCCGCCCCAUUCUCCCUCUUUCCAUAACCCCACCCCAUUCUCCCGCUUUCCAUCACCCCGCCCCAUUCUCCCGCUUUCCAUCACUCCGCCCGAUUCUCCCACAUUCCAUCGCCCCGCCCCAUUCUCCCGCUUUCCAGCACCCCGCCCCAUUCUCCCGCCCGAUUCUCCCGCUUUCAAUCACCCCGCCCUAUUCUCCCGCUUUCCAUCGCUCCGCCCCAUUCUCCCGCUUUCCAUCACCCCGCCCCAUUCUCCCUCUUUCCAUCACCCCGCCCUAUUCUCCCGCUUUCCAUCACCCGCCCCAUUCUCCCGCUUUCCAUCACCCCGCCAUAUUCUCCCGCUUUCCAUCACCCCGCCCAAUCCUCCCUCUUUCCAUCACCCCGCCCCAUUCUCCCUCUUUCCAUCACCCCGCCCUAUUCUCCCCCUUUCCGUCACCCCGCCCCAUUCUCCCUCUUUCCAGCACCCCGCCCGAUUCUCCCGCUUUCAAUCACCCCGCCCUAUUCUCCCGCUUUCCAUCGCUCCGCCCCAUUCUCCCGCUUUCCAUCACCCCGCCCCAUUCUCCCUCUUUCCAUCACCCCACCCUAUUCUCCCGCUUUCCAUCACCCGCCCCAUUCUCCCGCUUUCCAUCACCCCGCCAUAUUCUCCCGCUUUCCAUCACCCCGCCCAAUUCUCCCUCUUUCCAUCACCCCGCCCCAUUCUCCCUCUUUCCAUCACCCCGCCCCAUUCUCCCCCUUUCCGUCACCCCGCCCCAUUCUCCCUCUUUCCAGCACCCUGCCCGAUUCUCCCGCUUUCAAUCACCCCGCCCUAUUCUCCCGCUUUCCAUCGCUCCGCCCCAUUCUCCCGCUUUCCAUCACCCCGCCCCAUUCUCCCUCUUUCCAUCACCCCGCCCUAUUCUCCCGCUUUUCAUCACCCGCCCCAUUCUCCCGCUUUCCAUCACCCCGCCAUAUUCUCCCGCUUUCCAUCACCCCGCCCAAUUCUCCCUCUUUCCAUCACCCCGCCCCAUUCUCCCUCUUUCCAUCACCCCGCCCCAUUCUCCCCCUUUCCGUCACCCCGCCCCAUUCUCCCUCUUUCCAGCACCCCGCCCCAUUCUCCCGCUUUCCAUCACCCCGCCCCAUUCUCCCGCUUUCCAUCAUCCCGCCCAAUUCUCCCGCUUUCCAUCACCCCGCCCAAUUCUCCCGCUUUCCAUCACUCCGCCCCAUUCUCCUGUUUUCCAUCACCCAGCCCCAUUCUCCUGCUUCCCAGCACCCCGCCCCAUUCUCCCGCUUUCCAUCACCCCGCCCGAUUCUCCCGCUUUCCAUCACUACGCCCCAUUCUCCCGCUUUCCAUCACCCCGCCCCAUUCUCCCUCUUUCCAUCACCCCGCCCCAUUCUCCCGCUUUCCAUCACCCGCCCCAUUCUCCCGCUUUCCAUCACCCCGCCCCAUUCUCCCGCUUUCCAUCACCCCGCCCCAUUCUCCCUCUUUCCAUCACCCCGCCCCAUUCUCCCUCUUUCCAUCACCCCACCUCAUUCUCCCUCUAUCCCACCCUGCCCUAUUCUCCCGCAUUCCAUCACCCCGCCCCAUUCUCCCGCCCGAUUCUCCCGCUUUCCAUCACCCCGCCCCAUUCUCCCGCUUUCCAUCGCUCCGCCCCAUUCUCCCACUUUCCAUCACCCCGCCCCAUUCUCCCGCUUUCCAUCAACCCGCCCCAUUCUCCCGCUUUCCAUCACUCCGCCCGAUUCUCCCACUUUCCAUCGCCCCGCCCUAUUCUCCUGCUUUCCAGCACCCCGCCCCAUUCUCCCGCCCGAUUCUCCCGCUUUCCAUCACCCCGCCCCAUUCUCCCGCUUUCCAUCGCUCCGCCCCAUUCUCCCACUUUCCAUCACCCCGCCCCAUUCUCCCGCUUUCCAUCACCCCACCCCAUUCUCCCGCUUUCCAUCACUCCGCGCGAUUCUCCCACUUUCCAUCGCCCCGCCCCAUUCUCCCGAUUUCAAGCACCCCGCCCCAUUCUCCCGCCCGAUUCUCCCGCUUUCCAUCACUCCGCCCCAUUCUCCCGCUUUCCAUUACCCCGCCCCUUUCUACCGCUUUCCAUCACCCCGCCCCAUUCUCCCGCUUUCCAUCACCCCGCCCCAUUCUCCCACUUUCCAUCACCCUGCCCCGUUCUCCCUCUUUCCAUCACCCCGCCCCAUUCUCCCGCUUUCCAGCACCCCGCCUCAUUCUCCCGCUUUCCAUCACCCCGCCCGAUUCUCCCGCUUUCCAUCACCCUGCCCCAUUCUCCCGCUUUCCAUCACCACGCCCCAUUCUCCCGCUUUCCAGCACCCCGCCCCAUUCUCCCUCUUUCCAUAACCCCACCCCAUUCUCCCGCUUUCCAUCACCCCGCCCCAUUCUCCCGCUUUCCAUCACUCCGCCCGAUUCUCCCACAUUCCAUCGCCCCGCCCCAUUCUCCCGCUUUCCAGCACCCCGCCCCAUUCUCCCGCCCGAUUCUCCCGCUUUCAAUCACCCCGCCCUAUUCUCCCGCUUUCCAUCGCUCCGCCCCAUUCUCCCGCUUUCCAUCACCCCGCCCCAUUCUCCCUCUUUCCAUCACCCCGCCCUAUUCUCCCGCUUUCCAUCACCCGCCCCAUUCUCCCGCUUUCCAUCACCCCGCCAUAUUCUCCCGCUUUCCAUCACCCCGCCCAGUUCUCCCUCUUUCCAUCACCCCGCCCCAUUCUCCCUCUUUCCAUCACCCCGCCCCAUUCUCCCCCUUUCCGUCACCCCGCCCCAUUCUCCCUCUUUCCAGCACCAUGCCCGAUUCUCCCGCUUUCAAUCACCCCGCCCUAUUCUCCCGCUUUCCAUCGCUCCGCCCCAUUCUCCCGCUUUCCAUCACCCCGCCCCAUUCUCCCUCUUUCCAUCACCCCGCCCUAUUCUCCCGCUUUCCAUCACCCGCCCCAUUCUCCCGCUUUCCAUCACCCCGCCAUAUUCUCCCGCUUUCCAUCACCCCGCCCAAUUCUCCCUCUUUCCAUCACCCCGCCCCAUUCUCCCUCUUUCCAUCACCCCGCCCCAUUCUCCCGCUUUCCAUCACCCCGCCCAAUUCUCCCGCUUUCCAUCACCCCGCCCAAUUCUCCCGCUUUCCAUCACCCCGCCCAAUUCUCCCGCUUUCCAUCACUCCGCCCCAUUCUCCUGUUUUCCAUCACCCAGCCCCAUUCUCCUGCUUUCCAGCACCCCGCCCCAUUCUCCCGCUUUCCAUCACCCCGCCCGAUUCUCCCGCUUUCCAUCACUACGCCCCAUUCUCCCGCUUUCCAUCACCCCGCCCCAUUCUCCCUCUUUCCAUCACCCCGCCCCAUUCUCCCGCUUUCCAUCACCCGCCCCAUUCUCCCGCUUUCCAUCACCCCGCCCCAUUCUCCCGCUUUCCAUCACCCCGCCCCAUUCUCCCUCUUUCCAUCACCCCGCCACAUUCUCCCGCUUUCCAUCACCCGCCCAUUCUCCCGCUUUUCAUCACCCCGCCCCAUUCUCCUGCAUUCCAUCACCCCGCCCCAUUCUCCCUCUUUCCAUCACCCCGCCCCAUUCUCCCUCUUUCCAUCACCCCGCCUCAUUCUCCCUCUAUCCGUAACCCCGCCCCAUUCUCCCGCUUUCCAUCACCCUACCCCAUUCUCCCGCUUUCCAUCACUUGCUCCAUUCUCCCUCUUUCCAUCACCCCGCCCCAUUCUCCCUCUUUCCAUCGCCCCGCCCGAUUCUCCCACUUUCCAUCACCCGCCCCAUUCUCCCUCUUUCCAUCACCCCGUCCGAUUCUCCUGCUUUCCAUCACCCCACCCCAUUCUCCCUCUUUCCAUCACCUCGCCCGAUUCUCCCGCUUUCCAUCACCCCGCCCUAUUCUCCCGCUUUCCAUCACCCCGCCCCAUUCUCCCUCUUUCCAUCACCCCGCCCCAUUCUCCCUCUUUCCAUCACCCCGCCCCAUUCUCCUGCUUUCCAUCACCCCGCCCCAUUCUCCCUCAUUCCAUCACCCUGCCCAAUUCUCCCUCUUUCCAUCACCCCGCCCCAUUCUCCCUCUUUCCAUCACCUCGCCCUGUUCUCCCGCUUUCCAUCACGCCGCCAAAUUCUCCCUUAUUCCAUCACCCCGCCUCAUUCUCCCUCUUUCCAUCACCCCGCCCCAUUCUCCCUCUUUCCAUCACCCCGCCCCAUUCUCCCGCUUUCCAUCACCCCGCCCCCUUCUCCCUCUUUCCAUAACCCCGCCCCAUUCUCCCGCUUUCCAUCACCCCGCCCCAUUCUCCCGCUUUCCAUCAACCCGCACCAUUCUCCCGCUUUCCAUCACCUCGCCCCAUUCUCCCGCUUUCCAUCACCCCGCCCCAUUCUCCCUCAUUCCAUAA